CGUGCACAAUACUUCCUAGAGGGUCAUCAAUCAUCACCGACCGAUCAAAAUCCCCAGUUCCCAGAGAGAGAGAGAGAGAGAGAGAGAGAGAACGAGGUCAAACUGCAUCAAUGGAAAACCAAGCAGAAGAAGACCCUCACCACUCCGACCUAAUCACCACAUUCUGCUCCAUCGCCUCCUCCACCCGCGACGAAGCCCUCUUCUUCCUCGAAAGCCACAACUUCGACCUCGACUCCGCCGUCUCCACCUUCCUCGAAACCACCGCCCCCGCCGCCGCCGCUACUCCGCAACAACCCCUCUCUCCUUCCGCCUCUCUCUCUCCUUCCUCGUCCCCGUCUCGCUCCCGCUCCCCGUCCCCGCCGCCCUCUCUCCUCCGCCCCCCGCCUCCCAGCCGGUACGGUCUCCGGCCCCGGCAGGACAAGAAGAAGGCCUCUGCGAGUCGUGCCGCGGGUGGGAUACGGACGCUUUCGGAUCUGAAUAAUCGUGCGGGUAGGGAUGGGUCCGGCAGUGACUCUGAUGAUGGGCCUCAGGAGUACUACACUGGUGGGGAGAAGAGUGGAAUGCUCGUCCAAGAUCCAUCAAAGGCCAAUAAUGUGGAUGCCAUCUUCGCUCAAGCUAGACAAGUAGGAGCUGUAGAAGGACCUCCUGAUCACCUUCGCCCGUCAUCAAGCUCAAGAAGCUUUGCUGGAACAGGGAGAUUGCUUUCAGGAGAGAGCGUGUCAUCUACUCCCCAGCCGCCUGAAGCUGUCACACACAAUAUCACUUUCUGGAGGAAUGGAUUUACAGUAGAUGAUGGUCCAUUGCGGAGGUUGGAUGAUCCUGAAAACGCUUCCUUUCUGCAGAGCAUUGCAAAAUCGGAGUGUCCCAAAGAACUUGUGCCAGCAGAUAGGAAAACCACCGUCCAAGUCCAACUGAUGAGGAAAGAAGAAAAUUGCCCUAUACCAGAGAAGCGCGUUCCGACAUUUCAGGGCAUGGGAAGAACUUUAGGCAGCAGCUCCACAUCCACGGAACCGACUGAGGCUACCACCACUACCCUCACAACUGCUCCAGCCCCGGCCAUGGGUCUAGUUGUGGUUGAUACAUUGCCUUCUACCUCAAUUCAGCUGAGGUUAGCAGAUGGCACACGAAUGGUUUCACGCUUCAACUACCACCAUACCGUAAGGGAUAUCCGCGCCUUCAUCGAUGCUUCAAGGCCUGGGGGGGUGAGGACCUAUCAACUGCAGACAGUUGGAUUCCCUCCCAAACAGCUAACUGAUCUAGACCAGUCUAUUGAACAGGCUGGACUGGCCAAUUCUGUUGUGAUCCAGAAGCACUAGCAAGUUGCACAACCGAUGUCAAUUUGGUAUGUUCGGAUCAUAGAUUUGUGGAGAAAAAGAAAAGGCAAAGUAAAAGAGCUGAAGAAAAUUAGUCGAUCAAACCAAGAACUGUCGUUGGUUUUGGUAUCAGUUUCCUUUCCUUCUUGAAUUCCUCCACAGAUCCAUGAUUUGGGCACAACUGAUUUCUCAGAUUGAAGAGACACAUCUGCUGCAGUAAGUCUAGCUUUUAUAUGAUGUAUGAAAUUAGCCUUUUGCUUCACAAGUACGCGUUCUAGUCCUUAGAUUUUUCUGCUUUUGUUUAGUAGAGAGAUUUAAGCAUCUUACGGAAACAGGAGUGUUUUUAUCAGUAUAUGUUUCCCAAGCAUGAUUACUACUUGCAUUUGAUAGCACAAGAUGGUGAACUCAGUCAGUAUAUGUUUUCUGAGCAUGAUAACUACUUGCAUUCGAUAGCA